ACCUGACCGACCAGCCAUGGCCAUGAACAGCGGAGAGAAAGGAGGAGAAAAGUAGUAAAGAGGAAAGGGGGGAGUGAGUCUCCCGAGCAACGGCUCUCCACUACUAGCCCACAGCUCCCAAGAAUCUCUGCCAUUUCUUGAGCUGGUCGAUCCAUCGGGGAGGGAGAGAGGUCGAGGAGGCGGCGGAAGGGGAGAGGAUGGGGUCUGGAUCUUUCCUCAAGCUGCUGGCCAACAACUUCGACGUCCUCGCCGGGCCAUUAGUUUCACUUGCUUAUCCAUUAUAUGCCUCUGUGAGAGCAAUAGAAACAAAAUCUCCUGUUGAUGAUCAGCAAUGGCUCACUUACUGGGUGCUGUACUCGUUUAUCACUUUGUUUGAGCUUACUUUUGCUCCAGUAAUUGAAUGGCUUCCUUUUUGGUCCUAUGCAAAGUUGUUCUUCAACUGCUGGUUGGUCUUACCUUGCUUCCAUGGUGCUGCUUAUGUUUAUGAUCACUUUGUGCGGCCAAUGUUUGUGAAUCGUCAAAUAGUAAAUGUCUGGUAUGUUCCAAGAAAAGAAAACCUGAGUAAACCUGAUGAUGUGCUAUCAGCUGCGGAGAGAUAUAUUGAACAGAAUGGACCAGAAGCAUUUGAGAAACUCAUCAGCAAGUCUACGAGGCCUUCAACCUCCAAAAGAAGCACAAAGCAAUCUAUCUUGGAGGAGGUAGAAUCUGAACACAUGGCCAGGGCUGAAAGAGAAUCAUGGGGCGAAAAUCCAUUCUAUGAUAAAAAUUAUCGAUGCUAGAACAAUCUGUUGUUCACGACCACAUACUCAUCAGGUUGCCGGCUUAUCUGGGUUGAGGAUAAAGCUUUCCAUGUAUCUGACUUCAGGAUUUGUACUUUGAUGCAUCAUGCAUCCACUGAAUGUCAUUCAGUCCCAGUUCCCAGAACCAAUUGUGCAUUGGCUGAACUAUUGUAAAUAGGUGCUAGUGUUGACAAUAUCCCUUAGUUCUUAAAUGAUGUUAUGUAAUUCUGUUAAUCUGCCUUGCGUGGUAGUGACAACCUCUGGACUUGGUUGGCAGUUAUAUUUUUCCCUUCUUGGAGAAGGGCCAGAAUUCAAAAAUAGUCCUGAUAUCUAUAUUCUACUGCUUGCAAGGCAGAGGAGCUGUUGACAUCCCCUGCAUGAUCAGUCUACUCUGUCAUUA